UGUGUGCAAAUGAGGUCUGAAGCCUUCCUGUCUGUUUGCUCAGACUUGCAUUGUAGCGCUCAACAGCUUGGUGUAGAAACUAUAUCCUGUAUCUGUUAAGCAAUGGUAGAGAGUUUGUUAUAAAACAAAGUUGGUGGAGGUAAGACCUUUCAAGCACAGAACGUUUGAACUGGCAUCUGAGAAGUACGAAUAUGGCUGAGCACAAUGUACAACCAGAUGGCUCCAGUAAGAUUAAUCAAGUUCAGGAGCAGGUCAAUGAUGUCAAAGUUAUCCUCAAAGACAACAUAAACAAAGUGUUGGAGAGGGGAGAGAGGCUAGAUGACCUAAUCGGGAAAACAGAUGAUCUGCAGGCAACUGCUGACUCAUUUCAAAGGACUUCUGCACGGGUUUCCAGAAAGUAUUGGUGGAAAAAUAUCAAAAUGAUGAUCAUAAUUGGAGUGGUUGUGUUCAUCAUUGUUUUGCUCAUCAUUCUUCUGGCAACUGGAGUCAUUCCCUCAUAACACACAAACACACACACACCAUACACUUCUUUCCUGCAUCGACUGUAGUUAAGUGGAAAUUGGGUCAUAGCCUAUAUUUAUGCUGUUUUUGUUAUCUGUCCUUUGAGAGACAACACAUUCAGAGCAAUGUCAUGUGAAUAUGAUGCAAAAUGUUUACUGUAUAAAAAAUAUUAUCCGAUAAAUGGUGAACUGAAGCACUAGAGUUGAAAGGGUUGAUUCGCUUGAGAUAAUCAAUUAACAUUUCAUUCUUAGUGUUUACAAGACUGACACUAAUUUAAAAUCCAGCCUCCUCUGGACCUUUGAAACCAUAUAGUGGUUGUAGUUUAUAUAACAAAUGAGUAAAUAGGUACAUUUUUCUGAAGGGUAAGCCUAGAGAAGGAAGUAGGUUUAUGAUUGUGUUUAGUAUUUUGAACUCCAUGUGUCCUAUUUAUGGUCCAACCUUUGUUUUUGGAUGUUGUAAUGGUAUUGGUUUGUAUUUCAUAGUAUUCCAUUAAUUAUGAUUUUCCCUUCUGCCUCCAACAUUGAACAUUCUACAGAAAAUGAAAUGUAUAACCUUAAUUAUCUCACAUGAUGUUUUUAAUUAGCAUGUAAAUACUGAACACUGUACAAAUGAGACUGCUCAUAAUAAUAAAGAGACUCUGUGGCAUGCAUUGAA